GUGUUAUUAGCUUUUAACGAUUAAUUAUUUUGGAGUAUAAUAUGUCACAAACUGAGUCUCAAAUUUUAAAUACAUUUCUUGUGUCACCGUCAAGUUUACAAGAAACGGCGACACUUAAUACAUUUAUAUCAUUUUUUCCAGCCUCUAAAAGAUCACAUCCAGAUAUUCCUAUAUUAUAUCGUUCGUUGCAAGCACAACGAAGUGCACUUUGUCAAAUUGUUAAGAAAAAUAUCCAACUUGAGUGUAAACUUGGUAUGCAAACAAUGAAAGCUAUGGAUGUAGAGAGAAGUGUUUUAGAGGAGAAAAAAGAGGAAAUGCAAAAGUUUACAAUGAAAUCAUCAGCGUUACCGGAGAUUCUUAAACGAAUGGAAGAGGCGGUAGAGAAAAUGCAGAAAGAAAUAGAAUAUCUUGGUAAAGGAUGUGAUGAUUUGUUAAAAAAUAUGAAGAUAAUAGUUGGUGAAAUGAAUGAUUUUCAAUAUGAUAAAGGAAGUUUGGAUCGUUCAGAAACGACAAUGGAUGGAUUAAGAGAAUUGAUUGAAACAUGCGAAGAAUUAUUAAAAACUUGUGAAAAUGUAUAAUAUAAUGUAAAUAUCGGAUUUUUUAAAAAAAAAACAUAAAGGAGAA